AUGGCCACAGAGACUGCAGCAGAUUACUCCAAGCUGAAGGCAGAGAUCCUGGCCAGAUCCGGAGUAACAACGGCAUUGCAAGCCCAGAAGUUCCAUGAGUUGCAGUAUACAGAGGACAAGACACCCCAAUCACAAUUGUUUGACCUGAUCCACCUGACCCGGAAAUGGCUGCAUCCUGAGGCCCUCAGCUCUGAGAAGAUGAUGGAGAUCCUGGUUAGACACAAGGAAGACCAGAAAUGGGCUGACUGUUUGGAGAACCUGAUACAUCAUAACAGUGGGCUGGCUGCUUUCCAGGCUUUCCUCAAGUCUGAGUACAGUGAGGAUAUUGAGUUCUGGGUGAGCUGCAAGGAGUACAAGAAAACCAAAUUGCCAGCCAAGCUUAGCCCCAAGACCAGGAAGAUUUACAAUGAAUUCAUCUCUGUGCUGGCUACUAGCGAAGUGAACUUGGAUUCCUGCACAUGGGAAGCGAUCAGCCACAAUGUUCUCAAGCCCACCCUGUGCUUCAACGAGGCUCAGAAAAAAAUCUUCAUCCUCAUGGAGAAGGAUUCUUACCACCUCCAGACCACCUCACUACACCACCACUUCCUCAAAUCUCGUUUCUACCUCAGCUUGGUCAGUCCACCUGCAACCACUUGUGGGACUCAGAACCACAAAAGAGCUACAUCUGCUGCCUUAGCCUGCUCCUCCCCUCUGGUCUCUCAGUAUGUUUAG